UGGGCACUAGCACAGCACAUUUUCCACUUAUUUAUUUCCGCCACUACAUCUUUCUGCAAAGACAGAUAUGCUAUAAAGAUUUCUACUUUCCACUAUCAAGAGCACAGCCAUUCUGAAAGGCGAGAAAAAAACUAUCUGUGAUUCAGUUUUACUCUUUUUCACAACAACAAUGGCUGAUGAGGUGACACUGCUGGAUUUUUGGGCAAGCCCUUUUGGCAUGAGAGUUAAAAUAGCAUUGGCAGAGAAGGGAGUCAAGUAUGAGUACAGUGAACAGGACUUGAGGGACAAGAGUGCAUUGCUUCUUCAGAUGAACCCAGUCUACAAGAAGAUUCCAGUUCUCGUCCACAGAGGAAAACCAGUUUGCGAGUCCCUUAUUAUUGUUCAGUAUAUUGAUGAUGUGUGGAGGGGCAAGACUCCUUUGCUACCUUCUGAUCCUUAUGAAAGAGCUCAGUCCAUGUUCUGGGCUGAUUUUAUUGAUAAAAAGAUACAUGAUCUUUCUAGGAAGAUAUGGACAACAAAAGGAGAAGAAAUGGAGGCGGCAAAGAAGGGUUUCUUUGAAUGCCUUGAGUUAUUGGAGGGAGAACUAGGAGAGAAGCCUUAUUUUGGGGGUGAGACUCUGGGGUAUGUGGAUAUUGCCUUUCUUCCUUUCUGUUGCGGGUUUUCUACUUAUGAGACCAUCGGAAACUUCAGCAUAGAAGCUCAAUGUCCCAAGAUCAUUGCAUGGGCUAAAAGGUGCCUGCAAAAAGAGAGUGUAGCCAAGUCUCUUGCAGAACCUGGAAAGGUCCACGAGUUGGUUAUGGAGAUAAGAAAGAGCCUUGGGUUUGACUGAUUAGAAGGAUAUGGUCAAGGCAGUAAGUUGUUUUUAUUUUUUUUUGUUUAAUUAGUAGUUCAUGUGGUUGAUCUCCAUGUUGGAGUUGUUUCUUUUACAAAUAAUAUUGAACUUUCUGUAAUUCUGGGGCACUUGGCUGUGCUCCUUGGUUGACGAGGAACUGGAUAUGUCCAGACCUUCAAUCAUAUUUAGCUAGCUUAUUUGUUUGUGAUUUAUGCUUUGAACGCUUUUCCUUGAAUCUGAACUAGCUGCCAUUUCCUUGGA